AAUUAAGGGGACAGAWAUAUAUGAUUCAAAGCAUGGAACAUUUAUAGAUCUGGGUAUGCUUGAUGUUUUACAAAUAUUUGGUCGUGCUGGAAGACCUCAGUUUGAUACUUCUGGACAUGGAAUGAUUAUUACCCCACACUCCAAACUUCACAAAUACUUAUCGUUACUUACCAAUCAAAUACCAAUUGAAAGUUGUUUUGUACAACAUCUUGUUAAUAAUUUGAAUGCUGAGGUUGUGUUAGGGACAAUAUCAAAUGUCGAGGAAGCUGUUAUGUGGCUUAGUUAUACUUAUUUAUUUGUUAGAAUGCGUAUAAAUCCUCAUGUCUAUGGCAUAUCACUUGAAGAAGUUGAAUUAGAUCCAAUGUUAGUCAACAAAAGAAAAGAAUUUAUAAUUAGUGCAGCAAUGGCUUUAGAUAGAGCACAAAUGUUACGUUACAACGAAAGAACUGGAGAUCUUUCUUCUACAGAUAUGGGUCGCACAGCUAGUCAUUUCUAUAUUAGUUAUGACAGUAUUGAAAUAUUUAAUCAAUGUCUAAAGCCUUUUAUGAAUAUGUCAGAAAUAUUAUCAAUGAUUUCUAGUGCAAAAGAAUUUGAUCAGUUAAAGGUCCGUGAUGAUGAAGUUAUUGAGUUAGAAACAUUAGCUCGUAAAUAUUGUCAUGUUGAUUGCCAAAGUUCAGCUGUAAAUGUGAAUGGUAAAGUUAAUAUACUUUUACAAACAUAUCUCGCACGUGGUAGAGCUAAAUCUUUUUCAUUAAUAUCUGACCUGGUGUAUAUCUCACAAAAUGCAACAAGAAUUGCACGGGCAUUAUUUGACAUGGUUUUACGUCGUAAUAAUGCAAUGAUGUCAGCUAAAUUAUUAGAAAUUUGUCAAAUGUUUGAAAUGACGCAAUGGGAAUUUGAAUCUGAAUUACGACAAUUUUCUGAUGUUCUUCCUUGGGAAAUUAUAGAUAAAAUUGAGCAAAGAAAAUUAUCAUUUAGCCGUAUUCGAGAAAUGGAUGCAAAAGAAUUAGGUAUUAUUCUUAGAAAUCAAAAUGUAGGUGCUGCUGUUAAAAAGUGUGCCAUGCAACUUCCAUAUAUUGAAGCUACUGAAAGUAUUCAACCUAUUACUAGAACUAUUUUAAGAAUAAAUUUAGAAAUAUUCCCAGAAUUUGAAUGGAAUGAUAGGUUUCAUGGUAAAACAUCAGUUGCAUUUUGGAUUUGGAUCGAAGAUCCGGAAACAGACAUGAUAUACCAUUGGGAACAGUUUCUUAUUACUAAAAAUCAGGUUGUUAGAAAAGAAACUCAAAAGUUAAUAUUUACCAUACCUUUGGUUGAACCAUUACCAUCACAAUAUAUACUACAUUGUACAUCAGACCGAUGGUUAGGUACAACAUUUACUACACCAUUAACAUUCCAGCAUCUUAUAAUACCACAUAGUCAUGCUUCAGUGACAGAUUUAUUGGAACUUCAGCCAUUACCAAUAUCUGCUCUUAAAAAUCAAAAUUAUCAGUCUUUAUAUAGUUUUACACACUUUAAUCCAAUACAGACACAAAUAUUUCACUGUUUAUAUCAUACUGACAAUAAUGUACUCUUAGGAGCGCCUACYGGAUCUGGUAAAACAAUAGCGGCUGAAAUUGCUAUGUUCAGAGUAUUCAAUGAACAGCCAGAUGCCAAAGUAGUGUAUAUAGCUCCAUUAAAAGCACUUGUUAGAGAACGUAUGAAUGAUUGGAAAAUACGAUUAGAAGAGAAAUUAAAAAAAUCAGUUGUGGAAUUAACAGGUGAUGUCACACCUGACAUAAGAKCCAUUUCAAAUUCAUCCGUGAUUGUUACUACUCCAGAAAAAUGGGACGGUGUUUCUCGUAGUUGGCAAACCCGUAACUAUGUCCGUCAAGUAGCUUUAGUAGUACUUGAUGAAGUUCAUCUUUUGGGUGAAGAUCGUGGUCCAGUGUUAGAGAUAAUAAUAUCUAGAUUAAAUUUUAUAUCAACGCAUACAGGACAACWUACUCGUCUUGUAGCCUUGACAACUGCUUUAUCAACGGCUGCUGAUCUUGCAGCUUGGUUACACAUAGGAGAAAUGGGGCUUUACAAUUUCCGUCCAUCUGUGAGGCCAGUUCCUCUAGAAGUACACAUUAGUGGCUAUGCUGGAAGAAAUUAUUGUCCAAGAAUGGCAACCAUGAACAAACCUAUUUAUCAAGCUAUUAGACAACACUCUCCAACCCAACCAGUUAUGAUUUUUGUGUCUUCGAGGAGACAAACCCGACUAACUGCAUUAGAUUUGAUUGCCUACUUAGGUGUAGAAGAUAACCCUAAGCAGUGGGUUCGGAAAAGCGAUUAUGAAAUGGAUCAAAUCAUUGAAAAUAUUAAAGAUCCAAAUUUGAAGCUUUGUCUUGCUUUUGGUUUAGGCUUACAUCAUGCUGGAUUACAAGAUCGAGACCGUAAGAUUGUUGAAGAAUUAUUUGUUAACCAACAUAUUCAAGUUUUAAUAGCUACUUCAACUCUGGCAUGGGGUGUUAAUUUUCCUGCACACUUUGUWAUAGUAAAAGGUACUGAAUUUUAUGAUGGAAAACUCAAAAGAUAUGUUGACAUGCCAAUUACAGAUGUGUUACAAAUGAUGGGAAGAGCAGGACGACCUCAAUAUGAUAAUAUGGGAAUAGCACUCAUAAUGGUUCAUGACAUAAAAAAAACUUUUUAUAAAAAAUUUUUGUAYGAACCUUUUCCUGUCGAAUCAUCCUUGUUAGAGGUAUUGCCUGACCAUUUUAAUGCUGAAAUAGUGGCUGGAACUAUUAAAACAAAACAAGAUGCCAUUGAAUAUUUGACUUGGACAUAUCUUAUACAAAGACUGAUGAAAAACCCAGAAUAUUAUGGAUUACAUAGCUUGGAGGAAAGUUCUAUAAACACAUUUCUUUCUGAUUUAGUUGAACGAUGUAUUGGAACUCUAUAUUCUAGUUAUUGUGUGGAAAUCGACGAGGAUCAGCGUACUUUAAGACCUACUUCAUUAGGUCAUAUUUCUUCUUAUUACUAUUUACAACAUAAAACAGUUAAAACUUUUCAAGAGAGAUUAAAGGGUGAACUUAGUAUGAAUGAUUUAAUAAAAGUCUUGGUUGAUGCCGAGGAGUUUAGUUUACUACCAGUUAGACAUAACGAAGAUCUCAUGAAUACAGAAUUAGACAAACAAUGUCCUAUUGAUGUUGGUAGUCGUCUAUAUGAAUGUUCUCAUACCAAAACAUUGAUUUUGCUUCAAGCACAUUUCUCCCGUUUGAAAAUGMCAUGUUCAGAUUAUAUAACUGAUCUCAAGUCGGUAUUAGACCAAUCUAUACGUAUUUUACAAGCAAUGAUAGAUAUUAGCGCGGAAGCUGGUUAUUUGGUGCUGUGUUUAAGAUUAGUACAACUGAUGCAAAUGAUUAUUCAAGCCCGAUGGGUGACUGAUCCACCUGUUAUUACUUUACCUGAUGUAGAGAAACAUUUGAUACCAUCUAAAGUGUUGCCGAUGCUUAGCUUGCCCCAUCUAUGCAAUUUGGCUCUUAAAAGUUAUAAAUUGUUUGAAGAAAUUAUGUUAAAAACUCAACUUGAACAUGAAGAAAUUGAAAAAGCAUUUAAAACUAUUAUAGAUAUACCAGUUGUAGAAGUACRUCUAUUUAUUCAAGGUAAUUGGUCUGAUAGUGAAGAAGUUCAAAAGAAACCUGUAGAGAAUGGUAAACGAAUAGAAAUUUUGGCAGGGUCGGAGUAUACAUUAGUUGCAGAAAUAAAAAUCCUCAAUCGUAUAAUACCAUCAAAAGCAUAUGCACCAAAAUUUUCCAAACCAAAGGAUGUUGGUUGGUUUAUGAUUCUUGGUUCAAUAGAACAAUGGGAGCUGAUAGCACUUAAACGUAGUACCAAUAACCGCUAUAGAACAACUUCUAGCAGACUAGCAUUCAAUACACCCACAAAACCUGGUUUUUUUAAAUUGGACUUUUUACAUGAUGUCAGAUUGUUACCUAGGUUUGGACCAACAAUAUGAAGUUGAAUUGAAUGUGAUAUGAAAAAAAAUAUAUUAAAAAUUAC